CCUCGAGUGUUAGUCUGCGAGCUCUGCGAGGUCUACGCGUCAGUUUAGUUGUGCUGUGCUGUGCUGAGUGGAAGGUGUUUCUGUUGAACACUGUGGAUCAACAUGGGUUGCGGCAUCACAACUGUAAAAUACCUUCUGUUUAUAUUCAACUUGGUGUUUGCGCUAUGUGGUCUGGCUAUACUGAUCGCUGGUGCACUCUCCUAUGCCAACAUCGACAGGGUUGACAACCAUCUGCAUAAUGUCGACGUUUCCGGAUCCCCAAUAGCCCUGAUUGUUGUUGGCUCCAUUGUGUUCAUCGUCGCUUUCUAUGGAUGCUGCGGCGCCAUCCGGGAGAGCCACUGCAUGGUUGUGACGUUUGCAGUGUUCCUGUUGGUGAUCCUCAUAACGGAGAUCGCCAUUGGAAUUGUGGCCUUCGUGAAUCGAGAUGGCUGGAACACAGCAAUCCAUGACAGCCUCACUGAUAUGUUUGGCCGUUACGAUCAGGACGAGGCCAUCAAGAAGGACAUCAACAGCUUGCAGAAAGCACUUGAGUGCUGCGGCAUUGACGGACCCGAUUACUGGAAAACAUCUAUACCGGAGGGUUGCUGCGUAAACCCUGAUGGAACCUGCUCAGCUGUGACCGACCCGAAGCAAGUUUUCCAGGAAGGAUGUGUCCAGAGACUGGAGGAAUUGAUUCAUGCCAUCGGUCUCCUGCUUGGUGUGCUUGCUAUCGUAAUUGGGAUAGUAGAGAUCAUUGGCGUCGUAUUUGCUCUGUGCUUGGCCAGUUCCAUCAAGAACAAAGACCGACGAGGCUGAUAGUCUCUUGGACCAAGUUGGAGAAGAAUGUCAAGAGGACUCAUAAAAUGUGGAGCCCUGAACACAUAUCAAGAUAGAAGCAUAAUCAAGUCAUCCUAAAAUAACUGCUGCUAUGAAUAGUUUCUGUGACAGAAGUUUACAAAACUUGUUACUCUCUGUGUAUGUAGUACUGUCAAUAAGUCCGAACUCCACAUUAUAAUUAAUUUUUUGAGGCAGAAUGAAACUUAGAAAGUAGUUUGAUUCUUCACUGGAAGCAUCAGCAAUAGUUAAAUUAUCAAUCCAUUGAACUUUUCUGCCAAAUCAGUUGGAAUGUUUGAAGAUACAUUCCUUAAGUGUGAUUAAGUAACAUUCGAGGUAUAUAGUCUUCAUAAGUGUUAGUUACUGAAUUAUAUAUAGUAAUAAUGACACUUCAGAUUUUCGUUUUCAUAAUUGUGAAUGUUAAUAGCAUAGUGUUUGAGCUUUGGAAUUAGAAAAGUAAUUAUAACAGUGUUCCUGAAAUCUAACUGAAACAAAGACGUUCUCUUUCACCUUUUCCAUGAUAUGAAACACAAUAAAUUGUCAUGAAAACAGA